AUGUCGGUUGUUGAGUACGAUCCGAAGGGCAUGCCUUUCAGGCGCCUCGGCCCCAGCGGCUUGCGCGUCCCCGACCGACCUGUCAUCACCACCAAGCUGUACUGGGGCGAGAAGAACCACCCCAACGGCACGGGUCUCUCCAGGAAGCAUUGUAAGCAUCGUCGAGGGCACGAAGCUGUCCUGGAACGACUGGGCCUUGACUAUGUGGACGUAAUCUUCGCCCACCGCCCGACUCCACCGGUGAUUCCUAUGGACGAGGUCGUCCGUGCGUUCAACUUCGUGAUCGACCAGGGCUGGGCAUUCUAUUGGGCGACCUCGGAGUGGUCUGCUCGUGAGAUCGAGGAAGCAUACCACGUUGCGGACAAGCUCGGCCUCCAGGGCCCUAUCGCCGAGCAAUGUCAACACCACAUGUUCCACCGCGACCGUCCGGAGGGCGAAUACGGACCGCUCUACAAGAAGUAUGGCCUCGGCACGACGGUCUUCUCCGCGCUCUCGAGCGGCCUGCUCACCGGCAAGGUAAGCAAGCCCUCCCCACGCCACGGUACAUGCCGUACAACAACGGAUCCGGCGGGCUCGCGGUUCGAGAACCACAAGGACUUCUUCAAGAACACGAUCCAGAGCCUGAACGAGAGGAGGCAUGAAGAAGCUCGAGAAGCUUGCCUCGCGUGGAUCGCGAUCAACCCGAACACGAGCACGCAGGUCGUUGAGAACCUGAAGGCCCUCGAGGUGAUCCCGAAGCUGACGCCCGAGGUCCUGGCGAAGAUCGAGGAGAUCUUGCAGAACAAGCCUGCCCUCCGGUGCCCGACCUUUGGCCGGCCGGCGCUGGACAAGUUCGGGAGGUUGUGAUAGCAUCACGAGAGGACGGACGGAAGAAGGAAAGAAGAAUUGAACCUUGUUCUUGUGUACUGCUGUAUCAUCCUGUGGUCGCGGGCUAACUGCAAUCUGUCUCAAUGGCGAACUGCACGAAGAAUGGACUUCAUGAGUUCC